AAAUCUUAUCUAAUCUUUUUUUUUUUAAUUGAUUCUUUAAUUCUUAUGUGAAUAUUAAAUUAAUAGUUUUAUGAUGUAUUUAGAUUAGUCUAUACAACGCGACUACCAGACUAAAUAAAUUAGUGUUUGUUUCUGUUAUCGUUAUAAAUGUUAAGACGUAAAUCAAAUAAAUUCUGUUUACAAGUUUUGUGUAGCUACAAAUUUAGAAUGGCUUCCUCAGAAUCUUCAGGUUUUCGCACAGCUUUAUUACAAAUGACAGUGACUGCAGAUAAAAAAGCAAAUGUUUCGAUGGCUUUAAAACGGAUUGAGUUAGCUAAAGCUAAUGGUUGUACUUUAGCCAUAUUACCAGAAUGCUUUAACUCGCCUUAUAAUACAGCUUUGUUCAAAAAAUAUUCAGAAUCCGUUCCUGAUGGUGAAACUUGUCAGGCAUUAUCACAGGCUGCGAAAAAAAAUAAAAUUUACAUUGUAGGCGGAUCAAUUCCAGAAUUAUGUGACAAUAAAGUUUAUAAUACUUGUACAGUGUGGGAUCCUAAUGGUAAUUUGAUAGCUAAACACAGAAAGAUGCAUCUAUUUGACAUUAAUGUACCAGGUGGUAUGUGCUUUAAGGAAUCUGAUGCGUUAACAGCUGGAAAUACUAUAAACACAUUUGAAAUAAAUUCUAAAAAAAUUGGUUUAGGAAUAUGUUAUGAUAUGCGAUUUCCUGAAAUGGCUACGCUAUAUCGAAAGAAAGGUUGUGAUAUGUUAAUAUACCCAGCUGCAUUCAAUAUGACAACAGGCCCACUACAUUGGACAUUGUUAAUUAGAGCUCGUGCCAUAGAUAAUCAGUUAUUUGUUGCAACCGCAUCGCCUGCUAGAGUUACCGAUUCUAAAUAUGUAGCUUGGGGACAUUCAAUGAUUGUAGAUCCAUGGGGUAAAAUAUUAGAUGAAGCUACAGAGAAGGAUACAGAUUUAUAUAUAGAUCUUGAUUUUUCAGCUAGGGAAAAUAUCAGACAGCAAAUACCUACCGAGUUUCAAAGAAGAACUGAUUUGUAUGAUACAGUCGAAAUAAAAAAUAAAUAUUAAAUACUAUUUGUCAUAAAAAUAGUUUGCCAUUAAAAUCCUAACUAUAUUAACUAAUAAGUUACCAAAUAAACAAUUAUUACUUAUACUACCUUUUCUGUUAGAUAUUAAUUUAAACAGUUAUUUGUAGUUUUUUUUAUUAAAUGUUUAUAAUUUUCUGUAGUUUUAGGACAAAUAUAUG